AAGAACAAAUUUUGGUAUUUUGAGUUUGGCACAUCUGAAACUUUCUCAGCCACCUGCAAGAAGCUACAUGAAUCUGUAGAAAUAGAAUGUGAUGGAGUACAAAUUGAUUUAAUAAACAUCUCUCUGGAAGGAAUUGCUAUUUUGAACAUACCGAGCAUGCACGGUGGAUCCAAUCUUUGGGGAGAGUCUAAGAAAAGACGAAGCCAUCGCCGAAUAGAGAAAAAAGCGUCUGACAAAAGGACCACACUCACAGAUGCUAAAGAGUUGAAGUUUGCAAGUCAAGAUCUGAGUGACCAGCUGCUGGAGGUGGUUGGCUUGGAAGGAGCCAUGGAGAUGGGACAAAUAUACACGGGCCUGAAAAGUGCUGGGCGGCGGCUGGCUCAGUGCUCCUCUGUGGUCAUCAGGACUAGCAAGUCUCUGCCAAUGCAGAUCGAUGGGGAGCCAUGGAUGCAGACCCCAUGCACAAUAAAAAUCACACACAAGAACCAAGCCCCAAUGCUGAUGGGUCCUCCUCCAAAAACCGGGCUCUUCUGCUCCCUCGUCAAAAGAACAAGAAACCGAAGCAAGGAAUAAACCUGUCUCAUUUUAUUCUUAGAGAUCUAAUUAGCAUAAUUGGGCCAUGGAAACUUACGCUGGAAAUCUUUCAACCAUUUCAGUUCUCUUGCUCAUGCAAAAUCAUGGAAUUGGUUAACAGUGUUUGUUACCGAGCUAAUGUAAAAUUCAGCUAUUAGAAAAUUUGUCUACGUUUUUAUAGGCAUCUUUGCAUGAAGAAGGCAGAAGUUUACAUGAAGUGAUACUGCAUAUUUUUGUUGCAUGCAUUCCCAUAGAUUUUUAUGUCUCCCGUCCACACCCCCCCCAAUUUCCAUUUACUAACCUGUGAGAGAAAUCUGUGAAACAUAAAAGGAAAUAUCAUGGGAAAUGUGAUUCUCCGUGUGAUUCCAGUUAUUGAUAAGCACUAAUCAGUAAUGCUACAAUGAUCAUAACUGCAGAUUGCUGUAUUUUUCCCUUUUAGAAUCAGUGCAUCAAUGAUCUUUGAACCAUGACUUGAAAAGAAACUUUUAAUUGGAAGAUUUUAUUAAAUAGUUGUCUAUGAUAACCUUGCUGUACCUAAAUAGUUUUUCUUCAACAUCUUAAUGCUUCUGAGUGGAAUUUAAAAUAUCAGGUAUAUAAA